CUAUUUAAUAAGAAUUUAGUCAUAAGAUGGCACCUUAAACAGAAAGUUUUUUACUGUAAUUAAGAAAUCUGUAUAGACUACUCUCCACUAUGUCAACUCCAGUCUUGGUCCACACAUUUACCACUAAAUCUUGGAUAAGAUGCAGCAAACUCGUGACUGCUUUUCGUGGCAAAUUCUUACCAACACCUAAUAUUAAAUACACAACCGCUCCUUCAAGAACUUACAGCACCAACUACGAAACCAAUAAGACUAAAAUACGCCCGAAAAACGUUUUAAAAUUACACGAGCGAGGAAUUUUACAAGAUAUCUAUCCUCCUGCUGCAGUAGGGCUGCCGGGACUUUUGGAGUCCAAACAACAAUGUUUUUAUUGUGGUUUUGAUCCAACUGCAGAUGGCUUACAUGUGGGGAACCUACUUUCCAUUAUGGUGCUGUUGCAUUGCCAAAGAGCCGGCCACAAUGUAAUUGCUGUUAUUGGGAAUGCUACAGUUCGAGCUGGAGAUCCGAGUGAGCACACCAAAGACCGUAAUAUGCUCAGUGACAAUGCUAUUCAGGACAAUGUAAAUGCUAUACAAGAUUGCAUUGCAAAGAUAGCGGAUACUCACGCAAACUAUAUUUAUGACAACAAACACAGGAAAAAACUGCCGGAUUUUAAAAUUCUGUUUAAUCAAACUUGGUACAAAGAACUAAAUGCAAUCGACUUCAUAUCUACUGCUUGUAGAAACUUUCGAAUUGGUCCAAUGAUGGAAAAACGUUACAUAAAAGAUCGCAUACAAAGCAGUGAAGGUUUGAUGCUUGCUGAGUUUAUGUACCAAGUCCUUCAAGCAUACGAUUGGCAGUAUCUUCACGAUAACUACAACUGUACGUUUCAAGUUGGGGGCGUGGAUCAGCUUGGUAAUAUCAACGCUGGACAGCAACUUAUUCGAAAAACCAACAAAGGCCAGGUGUACGCCCUUCUUACACCAUUGGUAACCAACCUACGAGGUCAAAAACUUGGUAAAACUGCUGGUAACUCUGUUUGGUUGAAUGCAAACAAAACACCUCCAUUCGAGUUUUAUCAAUUUUUUUUCAAGCAACCAGAUUCAAUGGUAGAAACAUUUUUGAAGUAUUUUACCUUCAUUGACUUAAAAAGAAUAAAUGAGAUCAUGAUUGAACACACGAAGCACCCACACUUAAGAAAUGCACAACGUAUCUUAGCUAAGCAUGUGUGUAAGCUCGUGCAUGGCCCAGAAGGCCUUGAAUCUGCGGAAAGAUGCACGCGUGCUCUGUUUGGUGGAAGUUUAGAAGACAUCGAAAAAUUGAGUGAGGAAGAAAUUAUGACGACAUUUAACGCAACAAACAUUGUCACUGCAGUGUUAGAACCUGACACGACAGUGUAUGAUGUUGCUACACAUGCUAAAGCCAUACCGCUUGGCAACAAAGGAGAGAAUCUGAUUCGUGCUGGAGGGGUGAGGAUUAAUGGGGAAACUGUUGAUUCUCCUCACUUAAUAUUAAUGAAUGGGGAACAUGUUCUCAAAAACGACCUCACAGUGCUUUCUGUUGGUAAAACAAAUCACUUUAUCAUUAAAUGGAAGCUGCCAAGGAUUAAACAUGAUGAAGACAGUGUCAGAGAAACAGAAUACCCUGUACCAAUGUGAAACUUGGAUUAUAGGAUAUCAAGGAUUUUUUGACAUUCAAAAUAAAGUAUCUUUUCUACUGCAUUUGGGUGUAUUGUGAAAUAAUUUCCCACUUGCAAAAUUCAGUUGCUUUGUCUGGUAAAUUGUUUUAAAAAUACUACAGUAGAAGAGUACUUACCAAUAAUCCGUUUUGAGUCUGGUCUGUUAUACAACUCGAAUUACAUGUGUUCUUAAUAUGUGUUUCUGAGUUUUCUAGUAUUCACAUAUUAAGGACAGAAAUUAUUAGUUAUUAGUAAAGUAUAUUGAAAUCCUCUGUUGCUUGAAAUUGGGUACAUUGCAAAGUUCUGUAAGAAGCAUUAGCUUAACUUUUUCACAUCUUGAGUGUAAACUUUAUAUUGCUUCACAUUAUUCGGUGGUUUAACCAACUUCAAAAAUGCUGGUUUUAAACUAAUUUUUUGCUUUUUAUUUUCA